AUGUUGAACCUGGUGGACAGCCGAGGCGGGACUGUCGACAGCCUGCAAAGAUUCGCCAGCUCGCCAGUCUAUCUCCCGGUGAAUUACCACCUCUCCAACACUGAGGCUUCCUUUUUCCUCAAAGAGACCAACCAAGAGAUCGUGAGAAAUGCCAGCUUGCAAUCCCGCACGGAGCCUUUCCUGGUUUACAAAACCACCCGCUUGCCUGUCUUAAAUGCUACUUACGGCCCUUUUGCUGUGGAGCAGAUUAUGCCUCCGCACCUGUGGCUGACCUCUCCUCUGUUCGGUUUCCCUGACCAGUUCACUUUUCAUUGGAAGUUACAAUCCCGCGUCCUGGACAACUCGGUGUAUUCCAAUAGGCCCAAAGUCCAGGUUUUGUUUUACGUGGCUGGCAAAGAUUGGGAAGACCACGAUCUGGCUGAGAUCUUACCUUGUGUCCAAUUGGUGGCUUCCCGGGAGGACCGAGUAGUUGUUGGCAACUGUCGGUUGAAAGGUCCUCUGGGGUUAUGUGUCGCAGAGCUGGAGUUCCCACCGGCUUGGUUCAACUCAGAGCUGUCCACUCCGUUGACCCCGUUGUCUUCAGAGUACCAAGAGAUGGAGGACUCCUGGGAAGGGAUCACCGUGGAGCUUUUCUAUUGGAUGUACGCAGAAGCGGAAGAAGAUUGUCCUUCAGGAGAUCCAGAUCUGGAGAGCUUCUUUCAUCCAGGAGGCCAAGAGGAGGCCCAAGGGCCCAUAUCCUCAAUGGAAAAAGUUGGCAGUAUUAUUCUUUUUCCGACUCCAGACAAGCUCAAGAAAUCAUCCCUGAAGCUUGACAAUAACCUUGUCCUCUGUUUGCCACGUGGCCCAGUCAAGGAAGGAGAUCUUGUCAUGUUUCACGUCUCUCUCACCAGUGGCUCGCUAGCAGAUCAGUUUACACUAAGAGUUAAGGCUGCCCCAGGUGUGAAGAUCAUCGACAUUCGCGUCAUCGAUCCACACCGGUGGCAAGUUCAACAAGAUGUUGACAAUGGACGGACGCAGACGACUGCUACCAUUGUGUGCGAGCGCAUUGAUCCACACACCGAGAACUGGAUCAACAUAACUUCUUAUGAGAUCUUUCAAAUGGAUUUUGAAAUCGACAACAGCAGUGAGUUGGCUGGAGCACAACAAAUUACCUGGCAGGUCGAGUAUCCUCGAGAUGAGGCAGCAAGUGAGCUGGUGGUCUCCGAGAUCUUUGUCAGCCAAUCCAUGUUCCUGGGAAUUGUUCCCCUCGCGAUGGAUACAGAGGUCCUCAACACAGCCAUUCUGACGGGCAAGCCAGUGUCCAUCCCUGUGAAAGUGGUUGCGGUUGAAGAAGACGGCUCCAUCAGAGACAUCUCCCACUCCACUGAAUGCAAAUCAGCUGAUGAAGAUGUCCUCAAGGUCUCAGAUGACUGCGACGCCAUCUUUGUGAACGGGAAGGAAAUGAAAAGCAAAGUAGACGCCAUUGUGAACUUCACAUACCAGCAUUUUACCACUCAGUUAGAAAUCACUGUAUGGGUCCCACGGCUCCCAUUACAAAUUGAGAUCUCUGAUACCGAACUGAGCCAAAUCAAAGGUUGGAGAAUUCCUGUCACCUCCAACAAAAGGCCCACCCGUGACAGCGAUGAGGAAGAGGAUGACGAGAAGAAGGGCAAAGGUUGCACCCUCCAGUACCAGCAUGCGAUGGUACGUGUCCUGACCCAGUUUGUGGCCGAAUCAUCUGACCCUGGAGGACAGCUGACCUACAUGCUUAGCUCUGAAUGGCAGUUUGACAUCACGGACCUGGUGGCUGACUUCAUGAAGGUGGAAGAGUCCAAAGUAGCCAAGCUACAAGGGGGGCGAGUUUUGAUCGGCCGUGAGCAAGGGAUUACGACGGUUCAGGUCCUUUCUCCUCUGUCCGAUUCCAUUCUGGCUGAGAAGACUGUGAUCGUGCUAGAAGACAGAGUGACCAUCACGGACCUCGGAGUACAACUGGUGGCGGGCCUGUCUUUGUCUCUCCAGACAAAUAAAGGGAACAAGAGAUUGAUGGUGGCCACAGCCUCCGCUUUGGAUAUUCUUCACGCCGCUAAACAGGAAGCUGUGCUCAGCACUUGGAUUUUAUUUAGUGAUGGCACCGUGACCCCUUUAGAUAUCUACGACCUGAAGGAUUUCUCCCUGGUGGUCACCUCCCUGGAUGAAAUGGUGGUGUCCGUCCAUCAAAGGCAGGAUGAUGACUGGCCGACCGUGGUGGCUGAAGGUGAGGGCCAAGGACCCUUGAUUAAAAUAGAACUGGUGAUCAGCGAGGCAUGCCAGAAGUCCAAGCGGAAGAGCAGUUUGGCUGUCGGGAAAGGGAACAUCAAAGUGAAGUUUGGCCGAAAGACCUCUGAGCACAAGAACGGCAAAGAUGCAGAGAGUGGUUUUAAAAGCAAUUUGAUAGAGACCUCCCUGGAAGGGGAGAGAGCAGGGGCGGACUGGUCCAUGAAUCGUGAUGAGUUGAACAACCCCAACGCAAGCUCUAAGUCUCCCGUCCAUCCAAUUAAUUCUCAUGGAGAGGAACACCUGCAAAAUGAUUCUCUUACCUCGACAAGCUUCCCCACCCAAGAGGCCGUCCGAAGACAAAACAACCCCAGCGAUCUCACCUUGGUUCCCAGGGGUCUAACCGACCUGGAGAUUGGGAUGUACGCCCUCCUUUGUGUCUUCUGCUUAGCCAUCCUGGUCUUCUUAAUCAACUGCGUGGCAUUUGCCUGGAAGUACCGUCACAAGCGGUUCACCAUCAGUGAGCAAGGCAACAUCCCCCAUUCCCAUGACUGGGUGUGGCUGGGCAACGAGGUCGAGCUGUUGGAGAGCCCCGUGGACAUUUCUCUCCCCUCGGACGAAUGCACCACCAUCCUGGACCGUGGAAUGCUUUUUGAAGAGAGCAACUUCCUCCUCAAUGGGAGUUCCCAGAAGAGCUUCCACAACCAGAUCCUCCGGUCUUCUGAAUACGAUUGCGACAAGGACUUCAGGAGUGAACCUAUAAACCCUCCGGGGCCCAAGCGGAAGAGGGUUAAAUUCACUUCCUACACCACCAUCCUGCCUGAAGACGGUGGCCCUUACACCAACUCCAUUCUCUUUGACAGUGAUGAGAACAUCAAAUGGGUAUGCCAAGAUAUGAACUUAGGGGAGUCCGAGGAAUUUAGAGACUAUAUGGAAAGACUUCAGGACCAUAUGUAA